GUCGGAAAGAUAAUGUCCCACGGAGCCUCGUUCAUGCCAUGCUCUGCGAUCCUUCAUUGGGACCAGCACCAUCUGAAGUCUGGCUCACCUGAUAAACCCCGAGACUCAGCCAUGCUUUCAUCCAGUGCGCACAGUCACCUCUCGGUGAAAGGUGCAAACGGUGUGAUGACAAGCCUCUAUCUUAUCGUCCACUGAAAGCUGAAUCUCCCUGAUCCUCCACGUGCAUUGAAGAAAUGAUUGACUCCGUUGCUCUAGAACUGGCGAAUCCACGAUUUCAAAGCUGCGUCAGGCCAGCCAGUAGCUGCGCCAAAACAACCCUUCCCUGUGCGUCCCUCCUCUCCGGCUACCAUCGGGCCCGUCAUACCCAUGGCGCUGAGCAGCCAAUCUCGUGGAUCCCCACGCCGUUGCUGCCUGGAACGUCAUGUCAGCAACUGGAGUCUGUCCAGCAUCUCGAGUCGCGAAAAGUACGCCCAAGCCAAUCAUGCGCCAGAAUCCUCCAUUAGUCAGGAACCUCGACUGACUUCAAGAGGCAAGUUCUACCUGGAAUGGCACAUCCGGAGAUACCAUGGCACGCAUUCGGGAAGGGACAGCCUUUGGGGGCUCUACAUAUAUCGCCAUGCCCCGCAUUUCGAAAGCAUGACAUGGACCCUCUUCUCUAUCCUCAAGUGAAUUGCUCUAUCCUGUUCACCUCAACAGAAUGUCGACCACAGCAGUGAUCGAAAACCUCCCCGUGAUGGAGAAGCCGAAGAGAACUCGCAAAACCCACCAUAAGGUUAGAACGGGAUGUUUAACAUGCAAGAUCCGUCGGAAGAAAUGCGAUGAGGAAAAACCUUUCUGUCGCCGCUGUACAAGUACUGGUCGAAAAUGCGACGGCUAUGCCAGUCAAUCUGCCGACCAACAUUCGACGUCGGAAGAGUCCUCACCCUUGUACGUCGAGCCCGGCUCGAAGCGGCAAAAGACAGGUACAGACAAAGUUGCCAUCCCUUCGAUCGGUAGACCGAAAGCUAAGUCCUCCGUCGACAAAUUGUGCCGGUCGCCAUCCAAUGUCAUGUUUGAGUCGGACAGCGACUUUUUCUGUUUCGAUUUCUUCCGCUCUCGCACAGGGCCCGAAUUUGCUGCGUAUUUCGACAGCUCGAUCUGGCGGACAUACAUUGUGCGAGCGUGUGUUCAACAUCCCACAGUGCUUGCUGCUGCUGCGGCAGUCGGUGCCGUUCACCGAAGAUUCGAGCUGGGGAUAUCUCGAGAGGCAUUCGAGUAUUGCGACAUUGCCGACAAACUAUACCAGAAGGCGCUUCGAAAGCUGUCGGAUGAUAUGGCCUCAAAUCCAAAUGCGGCCGAAAUCAACAUGAUUGUGAUGAAACUAUUCAGCAUUUUCGAAACCUUCCAGGGUAAUUAUGAUGCAGCGCAAUUACACAUGACCAACGGCCUGAAGGGGCUGCUGAGUCGAAAGAUGCGCACGACUUACAAGAAUACCCAAUACCGUGCCGUCGAGAUAAACCAUGACAGUCUGCGACGCUUGUUCUUGAGACUAGAGCUUGAAUCCGUCCGACUGUUUGGAGGCGCAGCCAAGAUUCUGAGCAAUCCUGAAGAUUCAAUACCUGGCCCGUAUCUAAGUCCGUUUUCCCCUACGGGGAGCGAUGCUGACUCGUUUCCUGAUCCGAAUCCCCACACGAUCCCUCGUGUGUUCGAUUCACUCUCACAGGCUCGUGAUGAGCUCUUCACAGAAGCAAGUUGGAUCUGGCAUACGUGGGGUCUGCUGGAACAGGGAUUGCUGAUAGGCACGGGGUUCCAGCGUCAUCAAACACAUAUCUCCCGUUUGCUACAAUGGAGUAUGGCCUACGCAGAGUACAGCAAGAGCGAAAUGUCUCGAAGCAACCCGAACGAUCGCCACCCGGCUCAACUUCUGAAAGCGUACCGCGAAGCCGCAUAUCUCUUAUUGCUUGCACAAAUGGCAUUCCACUCUCCUGACACGGGUGAAGUGAUUGUGCCACUUUGUGACCCGCCGGAACUCUGCGACUGUCACAGGUCAUGCCGCAACUAUGCAGAGCGCAAAGAAGCCUUGAACGCACAUUUUGCCCGCUUGUUGGUCCUGAGCGAGAGUAUUUUGAACCGCUCAUCGUUCUUCGCAUAUGACGAACACUCGAUGAGUGUCGACAGCGGAAUCGGACCUCCAAUCUAUGUGGGAACAACGGACUGUCGGUCGACGAAGGUUCGAUAUCAAGUGACCUCCCUUCUCAACAAGUCGGAAAUCCAAUCCCGCGUAUGGGACGCUUUGGGCGUGUACACUAUUGCGGAAAAGCUAGCCAGUAUCGAAGAACACGCAGUGGUCAAGUGUGGUGCUGUGGCGGAUGAGUUGGAACCGAAAUGGGUAGAUAUCACCUUCUUCUUGGACGAGAGGAAGGUGUUGUUGCGGUAUUGCCACGCCGACAGAGAGGGCCGAGGGGGGAAGUUGCGAGGAACGGGAUUGUGGACCGGCGAGGAUAGAUGGGAUGAGAGCGGGACUGGUGGCCUCAUCUGGACACAGGAAUGGGUCUCUUAUUGAGGACGAGGAGCCGCAAUGCGCAGUAGUGGGGGACAUUCACCUGCCAGUACGUGGUCGAAUUGGGGAAGGGUAGGAAGCCAGAUUUGUGUUGACAUGUCAAUGAGGGAUUGGGGUGGCUAUCCAUCCCCGUGUACGGUAAAGGGACAGCAAUAACCUAAUUGUAUCAUUAGGAAGACCAUGAUAUUGCACUUCGAAGGGGUUCUCGACCGACUGAACCGCUGACAGAAAGACAAGGGAGGAAGCAUAGAGGGAAGAAAAUCGAGGUCUCAGCGCAAGGGAGAAACCUAGCCUUGCUUGCGAUGAGGAUUAUAUGUGC